AGUGUUUGCCUAGUGACUUAUGGUAAUUUUUAAUUUUGACUAUUACUUCAUGUGUGUCUAGUGUUAACUAAUUGUUAUUUAAAUUAAUAAUUCUCAUAAUGCUUAGUUGUACGGUACCUAUGCGGAAGAACGGAGUAUCAAAAUUCUAAAUCUGCAAAUACAUCUUUUCACAGGAAAGUGGUGAACAUUAUACGACGGCGACGACCCAGGUCGCGGGAGAACGAAAACUAAUUAUAAAAAUAUUUCAAUGGUCUGUUUACAUUUUAUACGCGGUCGAGUAUCGAGUCGACGUACCUCAAAACGACGCGCGACGUGGGCGAACUAGAUCUGGAUCGUUCAGAACCAGAGUUUAAUAUUCACCUCGCGACAAUCAUUUGAUUGUUUGUACUGCAGUUGAUAAAAUUGAAAAAAAUCAUUAUGGAACAAAUUGAUAACUCUGAUCAAGUAUUAAAUACUGUAAGAUCGAUUGUUUAUCAUUUAAAUGAUGUCAACUUGGCUAAGAUGACACAAAAAAUGAUUGCUUUGCCAAUACAUAAUGUUAAAUUACUCGAACAUAUAACGGAUAUAAUAUUUGAUCGAGCUUUAAAAAGGCAAAACUAUACACACAUAUAUGCCCAAAUGUGUGCACGUAUGAUGAAUGACCCUAAGUUUAAUAAACUUGCUACAGAUACUAAAACAACAUUUCAAAAAGUUUUAUUAAAAAAAUGUUCUGAUGUAUUUCAUACAAAGUAUCAACAAGAAUUAAAUAAAUUAAAAGAGAAGAUGAAAAAUGAUAAUAUGGUACCAAAGAAGUGUAUAUCCACUUUAAAUAAUUUUCAAUUCGAUUUUAAUAAAAAAUCCAUAUGUAAUUGCAGAUUUAUUGGCGAACUUUUUAAAAAGGGCGCUUUUCCAGAAAAAGCUAUUCUGUCCUGCAUUACAGAUUUAAGUAAAGAGAAUGAUGAAAAUUAUGAACUACAUAUGCAUUGUUUAUGUACAAUAUUACAAUUAGUAGGACCAAUAUUAUCAAAAACACAUGAUUUGAAAAGACCAGUUGAUAAGCUCUUAUCCUCUAUUAAUAACCAUGAUAUGUCAUCGACACUGAAACGUUCAAUACAUCAAAUAAAAAUAAUGCAUUCCAAGGGUUGGAUGAAUGAGGAGCCUGUCAAGCUUAUAGAAAACAAUCAAUCUGCAUUUUCUGGUUUACCAGAACACAUGAAAAAUGUGUACAGGGUAAAAUCAGAUACAAUUAUGGCAGAAUGGAUAUAUGAUGAGUGUUAUGAUGUUCUUAUGGAUUUUGCUAACAAUAAUAAAAUUGAUGAAGUUAUACAGUUAUUAAAGAUAAGUAAUACCUGGAAAUCCUACGAUCCAGUUUUAUUUGUCGUCUCACUAAUUCUUGUAGCUAUAGAAGAAGACCAAGUAAUAAGAAAUAAAGCUGGAAAACUUUUAAAUAACCUUUACAGAAAGAAUAAGUUAUCAAAAAGUUCAAUUCAAUCAGGAGUCAACAAAGUAUUGAACGAUUCGGGCACGAAGCAAGAGCAUUCAAAUCUGUCAAAAUUGGUUUCAGAUAUAACUGGCCAGUUCUUAUAUUCUAGUAGCUCUAAAAAAAAUUCAAAGGAAUCAGGAUGGAAAAAUUUCAUAUAAUCUUCAUAAAAAAAAAAAUUAUAAACAUGUUCUAUUCAAUCAGGAAUCAACAAAGUAUUGAACCAUUCAAACAAACAAAACAAGAGUAUUUAAAUCCGUCAAACUUGGUUUCGGAUUUAGUUAUAUAUCAGUCUCUAAACAUUAAAGUUUAGUAAUGCCUGUUAAAUUUAAAAUUAUUAAUUGAUAACAUAUCUUGUAAAAUGUUGUAUUAAAUAAUGUUUUUUGUCGAAUUAUCUGCCUUAUACAUUUUAUUAUAUUAAAUAGAUAAACCUAUUUUUAUAU